AUGGCAGUAGCGCACAGUGGUUCGCGAGCCGGAGUCUCGAGCCCGCCGCUCGCAGCCUGGUGCCGCGUGACGGAUGCCGUCGCAUUUUCCGAGUGGCGGCGCCGCGCGCUAAAUCAGCGCCCAACGCCAGUGGUGCGGAGCGCCGGCGCCGUUUCGGCCUCCGCCUCCGCCGUCGCUGCUGUCGCCGUGGGCGUCGCGGCGCUUCACGCUCCGGCGCCCUCGCCGCGCACUGUUAUCGGCCUAGCGCGGCGACCACCAAGCCUGGGACGUUUAUCAGGCCUUAAACUCGGCGCCGGCGCCGUUACUGCUGUCGCGACGUGUGCACCCGACGCUGCAACUUCUGGUGCUACCUCAUCUUCCCACGCAACGGACGAGGACACUUUGUUCCUACAGGAGGCAGAGUGCUUUGUGGAAUACGACAUUUAUAGUUCCGCUGGUGACAAAGCUGAUGUCGCCACAGCCAUUGCUUUAGGGCAGAGAGAAGCGGCGGAGGGUGUGACCUACUUACCAUCCACCCUCAGUGUUGCGCUUACUGCACGGGAGGUCCGCUUGGUGAAGGUGCCGUCUGGAUCUAUGAACAGACGCCCGCUGGUCGAGGUGCAAGCGAUCGUGCGCGGCACGGCGCUGCUGCCCUGCGACAUCGAGCCGCCCGCGCCCAACGACAGCGUCAUCCUCGCCAUCUGGUUCAAGAACGAGAUGACGCCCUUCUACAGCUACGACGCGCGCGGCCGCGCCUCGGAGUCGGCGUCGCACUGGCGCGACAAGGCGAUCCUGGGCGAGCGCGGCUACUUCCGCACCGUCACCACGCCGGCCACGCUGUCUCUCAGCGAGAUCUCGGAGCGCGACGAGGGCGUCUACCGCUGCCGCGUCGACUUCCGACAGUCGCCGUCCCGCAACACACGCCUCAACCUCACCGUCGUAGUUCCUCCGCAGAGGCCGACCAUCUUCGACGAACUGGGCCGUGAGCUGGUGGACCGCGCAGGACCUUACGAAGAGGGGGGCCAGAUGCGGCUCACUUGCAUCGUGACUGGAGGGCGGCCACCACCCUCGGUGCUGUGGUGGCGAGGAGAGCGGCUGCUGGAUGCGCUGGAGCUGCCCAGCUCUUCGUCCUUUCCAAACGUCCGCAAGAGCCAGCUAGUGGUACCGAGGUUGCGGCGUGCAGACCUAGGCGCCAUCUUCACCUGCCAAGCGGCCAAUAACAACAUUAGCCAGCCCGCACAGGCCAGCGUCUCCCUGGACCUCAACUUUUCGCCCACGACAUCGACACUAUUGUCUAAUCGCCCAUUGGACACAGAUAUGGAAAUGGAGGUCCUUUUGUUAGUAGAGUCUUAG